AUGUUGCUUGCCCAACAGCAGUAUAUGAACAGUUUUAAUUCGUUCUAUGGCAAUAAUCAGAUGUUGUCCAUGGAUCCAUUUCAACAACAACAACAACUGUUCAUGAUGCAAUCGCAACAAAUGCAACCAGUCUUUCAACAGCAACAGCAACAACAACAGGUUUUGCAACAGCAGCUCCUGAGCCAACAACAAACCCAACAACGGUUUUCUCAACAGCAGCAAGUCCAGCAGCAACAAGCUCUUCAUAACCAUCAGCAACGACUUUUGGAAGAGCAGCAACGCCAGAUUGAACUCGCGCGUCAGCAACAACAACGACAGCAGCAGGAAGAAUUGCUGCGGCAGCAGCGAAUCAAGGAAGCCGAAGAGCAGCAACGUCAGCGUGAACUGCAAGCACAGCGAGAAAAAGAACAGCAGGAGCUUCUGAAGAAACAGGAAGAAGAAAGAAGAAUUGCCGAAGAGAAGCGGCGUCAAGAGGAAGCUGAACGGCGGAAAAUUGAAGAGCUUAGGAAGGUUAGAGAGGAGCAAUUGAGGAAACAACAAGAGGCCCAGCAGGCUCUGAAUGAGAUGAGAGAACGUGUGAAGCAAGUUCAAGCUGGACAGGCUUUAACUCUCGUCGCAACACAUUUUUAUACAUCAUAUGUGAAAACCGUGCCAUUCGCGAGUGAAAACAUGAAUAAGUCAAAGCUGCCUUCUGUUUGUGAUGCGACAACCAUGAAGUCUCUUCUGGAUACAUCUGACCCAGUUUUGGUGCAAAUGGUGUCGCAAGCAUUGUCCAGUGUUGACGUUAGUGACACGUAA